AUGGUCCAGGUCCCGAUGAACGGCGCGACCUCCGUCAACGGGGCGAACGGCCACGCUGCUGCCCCCAACGGCAAGUCUCGCAGCGAGACAAACGGCGCCGGAGCGCAGCAGCAGCGCGCGUUCAACCCAUACGCGCCGCGCGCCGCCGACUUCCUCAGCAACGUCCGCAACUUCAAGAUCAUCGAGAGCACCCUGCGCGAGGGCGAGCAGUUCGCGAACGCGUUCUUCGACACCAAGACCAAGAUCGCCAUCGCCCAGGCCCUCGAUGCGUUCGGCGUCGAGUACAUCGAGCUUACCAGCCCCGCUGCGUCCGAGCAGUCCAGGAAGGAUUGCGAGGAGAUCUGCAAGCUCGGCCUCAAGGCCAAGAUCCUCACACACAUCCGGUGUCAUAUGGAUGAUGCCCGGAUAGCUGUUGAGACUGGUGUCGAUGGUGUCGACGUUGUCAUCGGCACCUCCUCGUUCCUCCGCGAAUUCUCUCACGGAAAGGACAUGGCUUACAUCACCAAGACCGCUAUUGAGGUCAUCGAGUACGUCAAGAGCAAGGGCAUCGAGGUUCGCUUCUCUUCAGAAGACUCUUUCCGCUCCGACCUCGUCGACCUCCUUUCCAUCUACCAAACCGUGGACCGCAUCGGUGUCAACCGUGUCGGCAUUGCUGACACCGUCGGCUGCGCCAACCCUCGCCAAGUCUACGACCUUGUCCGCACUCUGCGUGGCGUCGUGUCGUGCGACAUCGAGAUUCACCUCCACAACGACACCGGAAUGGCGAUCGCAAACGCGUACUGUGCCCUGGAGGCCGGUGCUACCCACAUCGACACCUCCGUCCUCGGUAUCGGCGAGCGCGUCGGCAUCACUCCCCUCGGAGGCCUCGUCGCCUGCCUGUAUGCGGCCGAUCCCGACUACGUCAAGGGCAAGUACAACCUCCCAAUGCUCCGCGAGAUCGAGAACUUGGUCGCGGAGGCGGUCGAGGUCAACGUUCCGUUCAUGAACCCCAUCACCGGCUACUGCGCCUUCACGCACAAGGCUGGUAUUCACGCCAAGGCGAUCCUCAACAACCCUUCGACGUACGAGAUCCUCAAGCCCGAGGACUUCGGUCUGACGCGUUACGUCUCCAUUGGCCACCGUCUGACUGGUUGGAACGCGGUCAAGAGCCGUGUGGAGCAGCUCGGUCUGAAGCUGACUGACGAGGAGGUCAAGGAUGUCACGGCUAAGAUCAAGGAGCUGGCGGACGUUCGCACGCAGUCCAUGGAUGACGUCGACACCCUCCUCCGAGUCUACCACUCCGGUAUCCAGUCAGGCGAGCUUGCGGUCGGACAGAAGGAGGCCCUCGACCGCCUCCUGCGCAGGCACAGGGAGGGCUCGGUGACCCGCGACCCCUCGCCUUAA